AUGACUGGAACUCAGUUUCUGGAGCCUGCCGAAACCCAUCACGGAAAGCACAAUCUGUGCGAGGUGUGUCUGAGACCGUUCAACUUGGCCAAUAUCGAAAUGCACUUGGAAGCCGGAUGCGCUGCUGAAAUGUAUGUUAUACGUGACAUAAACCCAGUUUUUGCUUAAAUUCAUUUAAUUUCAGAUACGCUCGAUACAACAUCACUCCGGAAAGAGUUUCCAGGAAAGGAAAGUCAAGCGGACAUAGAAUCAGAAAGAACAAAAAGGUAGUGGAAUUUGAAAUGCUUUAUAAUUUAUUUAAAUCAACAUAUUUCAGACGCCAUCUUCCGGGAAAACAACCAAAAGAACAAAACAAGGUUCGGAAUAA